ACGGAUAGCUGAUGUCAUCACGUUAGGUUAGUGUCAAAACUUCCGUGAAGACACCACCUCGAUUAAACUUAGAAAUAAACCGGUAUAGAGCGGAUGAAAAUCUGUAUUUGUCUUCGGAGAGGACCAUAUACCUGUAGCUAACAGGUAUAUGUUACUAUAGCAUAUUAAAUAAUUUGUUAAUAGCCACGGGCGUGUCGUAUUUCGGCUGAUUUGAGCACCAAGCUAAGCUAAGCUAGUUUGGCUUGAGCCGCAAACAUGAUGGCGUCUAGCUACAACGCUAAGGAAGAAGACGGCCAUCAUUCCGGGGCCUCUGGAGCAACGGGAAACGCCGUACGGAGUAAAAAACCAGACAACACGGCUUUCAAACAGCAGCGUUUACCGGCGUGGCAGCCUAUUCUUACAGCUGGUACUGUGUUACCGGCGUUCUUCGUUAUCGGGUUGAUCUUCAUCCCUAUCGGUAUCGGGCUGUACGUAACGUCCAACAACAUCAAGGAGUUCGAGAUUGAUUACACUGGAGUAGAUGCCUCAAGUCCAUGCUACAACUGCUCACAAAGCAGCUGGAACAGCUCGACACAGUGUAGAUGCUCACUGCCCUUCUCUCUUGAGCAGCCCUUUGAGAGCAAUGUUUUUAUGUACUAUGGCCUUUCAAACUUCUACCAAAACCAUCGCCGCUACGUGAAAUCCCGAGAUGACAGCCAGCUGAACGGAGACCUCACUUCUCUGAAGGAUCCGAGUAAAGAAUGCGAGCCGUACCGCUCGAUUGGAAUCACACCCAUUGCCCCCUGUGGUGCUAUUGCUAAUAGCAUGUUUAACGACACACUGGAACUGAUUUAUCAUGAUCCCAAUGGAACCAGAAUAACAAUUCCACUGAUAAAGAAGGGCAUUGCCUGGUGGACAGAUAAGCAUGUGAAAUUCAGAAACCCUGGUGGCAGUAACUCCAACCUCACUGUUGCCUUUCAAGGAACUGCGAAACCAGUCAACUGGCGUAAGCCUGUCUUUGAGCUGGACACCGACCCGGAGAACAACGGCUUCAUUAACGAAGACUUCAUCGUGUGGAUGCGGACGGCUGCCCUGCCCACGUUUCGGAAACUCUACCGCAUCAUCCAGAAGAAGAACAACAUGACGCCAACGCUUCCCAGAGGCAACUACACUCUGGAAGUCACUUACAAUUAUCCAGUGCGCAGCUUCGAUGGUCGGAAGCGUAUGAUCCUCAGCACCAUCUCCUGGAUGGGAGGAAAGAACCCGUUCCUGGGCAUCGCCUACAUCACCGUGGGCUCCGUCUGCUUCUUCCUCGGAGUCGUCCUGCUCGUCAUCCACCACAAAUACGGAAACCGCAACAACAGCUCUGACAUUCCCAACUAAAUCGGUGUGAUCACCUGCAUGCCAUCUGCCACAUGCAUGAUGAAGACCACACGCUUCUCUUCUGAGCUCGUCUGUGUGUAUAUGUGUCCUGUGUGUAUAUGAGUCUCGUGCUUGGAGUGCAGCGCCGCAGAGCAUUAUGUUUGACAGUUGUUGAAAUAUAUAUAUAUAUAUAUAUAUACGUAUUUAUUUUUAAAGAGGUUAAUGAUGUUCUGUAUUGAGUCAUGAUUUUAUUUUUAGCCAGUAUUUCAUUAUUUUAGUAUGGCACACAAGCUUCUAUAAUAUUACAUGUAUAUAUUUGCUCAGGCUGCGAUAAGUGUGAAUGUAUAGAAGUGUUAAUGCUAAAAGAAAAUGACAGGACACAUGAUCCAGUAGAUCAUCUUUAACAGCUGUAGAUCAGCAAAACAUGAGCCUUAUAGCUUCAGUGCAAAGGCGGAUUAACUAACAGUGAAAUGCUUGUAAUUAAAACAACUCAGUUUCUACAGUGUGAAGUUUCAUUUCUCCUAAGCAAUUUGGGAUUGAAACAUUCCUCCUUCUGUGGUUUAUAAAGUGACUCAAAGUUAUCACUUGACCUGUGUGUGGUAUUUAAAUGCACUCCUUUGUGUCUUUUAAUGGUGUUUUUUUUUUUUAUUGAGGGAUUUUGGUUUUAUGGUUUGAAGAUUUUAUGAGUGUCACAGGUUGUCGUGUUCGUCACGUCCAGCUGUUUGCACUUUAGGCUUGGCACAGCUUUACAUCCUUUAUUUUGGUCACUUUUCCGGAUGUGUAUGUCCCUGUCGUUUCCAGAGAAAUAAAAUUAGUUGGAAACAAA